AUGCCUCCCCCACGAGCAUUCGACUUCACCGGCGACGUCGCCAUCGUAACAGGUGCUGGCUCAAGAAUGGAUGGCGAAAUCGGUAACGGCCGCGCAGCCGCAAUCCUCCUGGCACGUCACGGCGCAAAAGUGGCACUAGUCGACUUCAACGUCGCGUGGGCAAACGAGACGAAACGCAUGAUAGUGGAGGAGGGGAGUGGUGGCGAAUCUGGGUCGAAUGUCAUUGUUGUACAGGCAGAUGUCACGGAUGAGGACUCGUGCAAGAGGGCAGUCGAAACGACAGUGGAGGUCUUUGGAGCCGUGCAUAUCCUUGUUAAUAUUGUCGGUGUCGGCGGCGCCAUGGGCGACGCAACGAACAUCAACCUCGAAGCAUGGGACAGGGACUUCCGGAUCAACGUCACCAGCAUGGUCCUCAUGGCGCGGUAUGCGAUUCCCGAGAUGCGGAAGCAGGGGCGUGGGUCCAUUGUGAAUAUGUCGUCGGUUAGUGGCUGUGAGUUUUCCUCUUCUCUCCUCGCUCGUACCAGUUCAUCCAUUUCCCUGAGAGCUUCGGACAAGUUCAAUGGGGCAGCGCUGAUGAUCCUCGGGACACAAGUACUCGGCGGCAACCCCAGCCUCCUGUACCCAACAACAAAAGGCGCAAUCAUCCAGAUGACGCGCGCGAUGGCGGCACAGCAUGGGCGCGAGGGGAUCCGUGUCAACUGUGUCGCGCCAGGAAUGGUGUAUACCCCGAUGACGAGGGGGAGAGGGAUGACCGAGGAGAUGAGGGAGGCGAGGAUUAGACAGAACCUUUUGGGGGUUGAGGGGACAGGGUGGGAUGUUGGGUAUGCAAUCUUGUUUCUUGCUAGCAAGGAGGCGAGGUGGAUCACGGGGUUGAUCAUGCCAGUGGAUGGAGGGACUACAGCCGGACGGGCAGACAGGCCUGCCUUGAAAGCGGAUUCACUGGCGGAGCAGAACACCGGUAUCGCGAAUUAA